GACGACGCGGGCCCCGCCCCUUGGAGAAACGCCGCGGCCUGGUGGAUGGCCUCCGUGGAAGCUGGGGGUUUGAGAGCUGGGCCGGGGUGAGGGCUCCGGGCGGCCCACCGUCAUGAAGCUGACGCGGAAGAUGGUCCUGUCCCGGGCCAAGGCCUCAGAGCUGCACAGCGUGCGGAAGCUCAACUGCUGGGGCAGCCGCCUCACUGAUAUCUCCAUCUGCCGGGAAAUGCCCAGCCUGGAAGUGAUCACCCUCAGCGUCAACAGCAUCUCCACCCUGGAGCCCGUGAGCCGCUGCCGGCAGCUGAGCGAGCUCUACCUGCGCAAGAACUGCAUCCCCAGUCUGGCGGAGCUCUUCUACCUGAAGGGCCUCCCGUGCCUGCGCGUGCUGUGGCUGGCGGAGAACCCCUGCUGCGGCGCCUGCCCUCACCUCUACCGCAUGACCGUCCUGCGCAACCUGCCUCACCUGCAGAAGCUGGACAACCAGGCUGUGACGGAGGAGGAGGUGUCCCGAGCACUGGUGGAGGGAGAGGAGGUCACGGCCCCCAGCAGAGAGGACUCAGGCAGUGGCCCGCCUGAGCUGUCCUACAUCCCGAGCACCGUGGAUGCCGCCACCGAGAUGCCACGGGACCCGCUGAGCCUCGGCGAGGAGGAGACCAGCAGCAUCCAGGGGCAGCUCGGCCUGAAGCGCCCUUCCCGGGACCAGUUUCCUUCCUUCCCGCAGAGGGCGGCCACAAGCAGUCGCAAGAACAGGAACAACAUCCUGACCGCCGUCCUCCUGCUGCUGCGGGAACUAGACAGUGAGGGUCUGGAGGCCGUCCACCAGCGCGUGGUCAGCCGGCUCCAGGCCCUGCAGAAGCAGGAGCUGCAGGGGGCCAUGGAGUGACUGUCAGCGGGGACCCUGAGCUGAAGCCCGGCGUCUUCCCGAACACCUGGGAGAGCGGGGGGGGGGGGGGGCACAGCUGCGGCCUCUGCUCGACCCCAGGCUGAGCCUCGGCACACAGGGCUGCGGCCUCAGGAAGCCUCGCCCACCCAGGAAAGCCGAGCUUUCGCUGUGGAUGGGCACCACGCCAGGGCAGGAGGGGCUGGCUGGGCAGACCUGCCCCUGUGCCCUCUGCCGUGAGGGGCCGUAGCCAGAUGCCCUCCUAUAUGGCAGGGCCACCUCGACUUGCCUCUUCUUGAAGGUGGGCUUUGCAGCCGUCCUCCCUAAUAAAUAUUUUUCCAAAGUCUGA